ACUACAAUCAGACAGCUCUCUCCAAGUCCCCAUCACCAAGCAAGACUGAAGCUUCCCCCACCCACAGAACAACCCAGCUGCAUCCAUGACAAUGCGGACCCGCCCACAAACGGUCCCGUAUGUCGGUAACCCUAAAGAACCCACCAUCAGCUGCAGCGCGUAACGGAACCAUUGAGGGUGAAGACCAUCGAGAGACAGGAGGCGCGGUACUCUCCUAGAUAAUCCUCGACGCUAACCACGCUUUCCCUUCCCCUCUCCGAGCCCAAAACCGAGCAAAAUCGAUUUCAAGCGGACCAAAAUCCGGCACCGCAUGGGUUUCCCCAGGCACUGAUCCGGCGGGUGGACGCUAAUGCGGCGCCGCUGAAGGGAUCUGCUGCGCCCGCGGGGUUCACAUGGCGGCACAGAACGGCAGCGGCGGCGCGGCGGUGGUCCUCAACGUGUACGACCUGACGCCCAUAAACGACUACCUCUACUGGUUCGGCCUCGGCAUCUUCCACUCCGGGAUCGAAGAUGAUGACGUGGAUUCAUCAGGUUCAUCCCUUAAUGGGGACAGUGAUAUGGAUGACCUGGACCAGCACCUGCUACCAGCCGCAGGCACCGACCUUCAAUCCAUAGUCGUGUCACCAAAGCCAUCGAAAGAUCUCGUUUGAAUUAUCCUACCAUUUGGGUUCCCUGCUGCAGUUUAACGGUCGUACUUCGCCAGCUUGUGUGAUAUCCAAGUAUAGUUGAAUGUUGAUUGUAUUGAUUCUUUUCCAACGGGUUUUGAUGUGUACGCAUAUAGGAAUUGUCGGGUAAAGAAGUGAUUUUGCAACUCUUUGUCUUUUGCUCAGUUGUUGCAUAGUUGUUCAGGCAUCAGUGUCAUGUGUUCUCGUAUGCUGCCAGGCCCAGGCAAAUGUUGUCAUCCUCCGCUUCAAUGGUCUGAUGUUGUGAUGAAUAUCUGAAUUGGCAGCAUGCCGUGGUCAUAUUAGAGCAAGCUUGAAACCCUGGUCUAGCGCAGUCCUUGUACGGCCACAGAAUAUGCUGUGACAAAUGAGUACUCCCUCCGUCCGGAAAUACUUGUCUUAGAAAUGAUUGAAAAUGGAUGUAUCUAUAACUAAAAUAAGUCUAGAUAUAACCAUUCUUAAGACAAGUAUUUCCGGACGGAGGGAGUACCAUGUAAUCUUAAAUCAGUAUAUUGUACUCCCUCCGUCCCGAAAUACUUGUCGGAAAGAUGGCUACAAUUGGGUGUAUCUAUAACUAAAAUACGUCUAGAUUCAUCCAUUUGUCCGACAAGUAUUUCCGGACAGAGUGAGUAAUAUGUUUUUGUUUUUUGGGGUUGUCUGCCGUGCCUAUUGCUGGCGUUGUAACUGCGCUUGCAGAACUCUCUUUUAUACAUGCUACACUAGCUUUACUGUAUUAGAGAAAAUCUAGUGUAUGUGCAAGAUUGAUGAAAAAACACGGCUUGACUUCUUUUACGGUCGACAUCAUACUGCACCGAAAUAACUAGAAAGAGCGAGCAUGACUCUCGCGACCGCGGUCGUCCCCGCGUGAGCGCGCGGCCGCCGCCGGCCGGAUCUCCAUGCUCCGGCCACCCCCGCGUCUGCUGCUCCCAGAUCCGGCCUCGUCUGCUCCCCCCUUCCAGGAAUCAGGUGUGGGAACUGUGCCCCGGCGACCCCGCACCGUCUCUCCCGUCUUCACCGGCAGCUCCCCGUCGGCCACCCCCAACGCUGGUCCACGCCCCAGCGAGCGCGCUGUCGCCGCCUCCCGCCGAGAUGUCUGCUGGCUCCGCACCGCGCGUCGUCCCGCAGCCAGCCCCGUCUGUUGCUCGAUCCCAUCUGGAUCGGGCCCCGCCGGCGCUGGGCCGCUCCGUCCAUGCUGUUGGCGGGUCAGGGAAGGUGCCGGUGGUGUCUCCGAGCAAGUUGGCUGCGCCUGUGCGUGCGCCUGUGCGGCUGCCCGUGCAGGACUCUGCUGCGUCGAUCUGUGUCGUGGAGGGCCCGGUGGGGAUGUGCUCUCCCGUCGCCGCGCCACCGCAUCUCGGCUCGGGUCGGCCUGAGCUCGAGUCAUGGACCUCUCUCGCCACUGACGGCGACGACGACGAUGAAGAGGAGUUGGCCCCUAUGGCACCGCCUGCUGCCAAGGCCUCGGCCCCGGCCGCUGCUCUGCCGGACGUGGUGGUGAAGGCGAGCAAGGGAUGGCAGGAGGUGUUGCCACGGUGUGGUCCGCGUCGACCGACGUCGCUAGCCCCUGCAAUGGCUCCCCGUCCAAUCCCUGCUUGGUUGCAUGGUAGAUGUUGCAGAUGCUUCGCUCCUGGGCAUCGUGCGGCCGACUGUAGAGAUCCGCUUCGGUGCUCCCGUUGCUUGGAGAACGGUCACCGUGCGCGCGGAUGCCGCAAUCCUUGGCGUCCUCUAAGUUCUUUGGCAUGCCUUGCCAUGCCGCCAGUCCUCGGUUCCAUGCGCCAUCCUACUCUAGCUUCAUGUAAGGGUGCAAUGAAAUCCGUGCUCCCCUCCAAGGCGCUUCACCAUGGGUGUUGGGUGUCUGUCGUCUCUGCUACCGUUGGCUCAGCAACCCCACCUGAUAUGAUGUUGCGGUCCUCUCUGGUCGAUCAGACAACAUUGUUGCAGAGUUGUCUGGCACGGGUUCAGAGCUUUCUUGAGCGGGUGGAGGCUGCUCUUAGCAGGCUCUCCCUUGCACCGGCUAGGUCGCAGACCACUCCGAUGUCAUGCCCCUCUGGCGUGGAAGAUGUUGGCUCUAUGGAGGAAGGGAGGCAAGAGUUAUAUGGAUGUUUCUCCCCUCGUGUUGAGAAUGGUUCAUCGUCACUCUCGAGCGAGUCCAUUGUCGUGCUUGAUGCUCCGGCGUUGCAGGUCAUGCCCGAGCUACGAGAGCUAUGUCUUAGCCCUGGUUCGCCUCUCUCUGUAGAGCAUUUGGAGGUGGUCUCAUCGGCGGCCUCGUGUGAGGGGCAUGUGUUGCCAAAGUCAUGUGAGCAACUGGAGGUUCCUGAGUCCAUAGCAUUGGCGGUUCCUGUGGUCGAUGAGGUUGCGUCGGUGAUUCCUUUGGUUGAGGUUGUUGAUGCGGUCAGUGUGUUGAUGCCUGCUCCUGGCGGCGUCUUGGUUGAUGACAACGAAACUAAGAAAUUCAAUGAGUUUUAUGAUUUUCUUGACAAAUGAGUGGCUCAUCAACCGGCAUCUGGCAAGACAAGUGACCCUCCAAAAAAGAAGUCAACUAAGGAGAAACCAAAGAAGAAGAAAAACAAGAAGUGUGGCGCCAUCCGAAAGGCGUUUGUGGUUUCAUGAUGGAGGGUGGUCAUUUUUCGUUGGUGUGCUCGCUAGGAGUUUCAUUGUGUUCUACAAGUAUUGAGGGUUGCGGUUGUUGCUUGUUUAGAGGGCCGCUUGAGCAGUUUUGGUGUUUCGUACUUUGCGAGUAGUCCGUAUUUGGGAGUCUGUAUCGGUUUUCCGUAAAUUAAUCGGGCAACUCUCUUCUUCUUAAUUAAUCGAUGAGGCAAAUAUUU